AUGAAAGCCUCGCUACUCUUAUCCCUCCUCCCCAUCGCCCAAGGCGCAGUCAUCGACACCCGUCAAUCAAAGACGGGCGAUGGCAAACAGGGAGAAGGUGAUGCCACACAAGCAGAUCUUAGCCAGCGACCGCCACCGCGCUUCCCCUUCCCCAUCACCAAGUUCCCCGUCGCCAAAGAGACAGUAGUCUUCAAGAACGCCAAGUACAUUUUGCCUGGCGAGGUCUUUGAUGGCAAGAUGAAGCGUUAUGAGCGGCCUGAGGGAAGCUGUAAUGAACAGGCUGAGGGUACUGAUGCCGAUACUGUCUUCAACUUGAUGCCGGGUGCUACCAUUCGAAACGUGAUUAUUGGCAAGCAUCAAGCGGAGGGAAUUCAUGCUCUCGGUGAUGCGUGGGUAGAGAACGUUUGGUGGGAAGAUGUCUGUGAAGAUGCUCUCACAUCCAAGGGCCUCAACACACAAUUGAGAGUCAUCGGAGGUGGAGCCAGAAGUGCCACAGACAAGAUCUUCCAAGAUAACUCUCUGGGUGGCAAGUACAACAUCACCGGCUUUUACGCCGAGGGAUUCGGAACCUUCUACCAGUCCUGCGGAAACUGCCUCAACCAAGCCAAGCGUAACGCAACUAUCCAGAAUGUCAUUGCUGUAGAUGGGUUAAGAAUGGGCAUUAUCAACCCCAACUUUGGCGACGAAUUCCGCCUCAAAAAUGCCCAGAUUGACAAUGUCACCAGCAUUGUGGAUAAGGAAAUCGGAAACAACGUGCAGACUGUUCCGUACUAUGUCGGAAACGGACCAGAUGAGAAGUACGCCCUGUAUAACGAAACUCGGGACAACAUUACGAAAUACAAGGGCAAGGCCGCUGGUGUCUAUGAGCCUGAGGAUCCUUAUGAGUGGCUUGAAGAGUUUUGGCCAGAGGGUUUCAACUAA